AUGGAACUGCGGGGACAAGUUGCCGACGUCAGUAUGCUAAUGCAAAAGAAUAUUGCCGAUCUCAAUGAAAGAGGCACUAAACUGGACGAUCUUUUCACAAAAACGGAGGCGAUGGAAUCAGACGCUUCAAUGUUCCAGACGACAGCCCGUCAGGUGAAGCAGAAACACUACUGGGACAAUUGUCGCACAAAGAUCAUCCUCUUCUCCGCACUGUUCGUUCUCGUUCUCAUAAUUGUGCUGAUCAUACUCUGGCAGACUGGUGUUUUCAACCAGUAG